AUGGCUUUGGACUUACAGAAUGUUGCGCAGCUUCUGCAGGCCACUUUAGAUCCGCGGCAGCAUAAACAAGCUGAGGUUGCGCUCAAGAAUGAAGAGACCAAGCCCGGUUUCUCCCUCCUCCUCCUCAAUAUCGUGGCCUCCGAAAGUCUGCCCUUAAAUACACGGCUCGCCGGAGCUUUGUGCUUCAAGAAUUUCGUCAAGUUCAACUGGGUUGACGAAGAUGGAAGCUACAAGCUGCCUGAAAACGAGGUUGCAACUAUCAAGAAGGAGCUCAUUGGGUUGAUGAUCUCCGUGCCCUCAAGCAUCCAAGCACAGCUGGGAGAAUCAAUAAGCGUGAUCGCCGACUCAGACUUCUGGCAGCGUUGGGAUACACUGGUUGAUGAUUUGGUCUCGCGGUUGACAGAGGACAACCCAAAGGUCAAUAUUGGCGUGUUGGAGGUAGCACAUUCAAUUUUCAAACGAUGGCGGCCACUUUUCGCAUCCGAUGACCUCUACACCGAGAUCAAUCAUGUUCUUUCCAAAUUCGGAGAACCAUUUGUACGGUUACUUGCGAGCACCGAUCGGCAAAUCGAAGCGAACAAGGGAAAUAAGGACGUGCUAAGGCAACAUGUCGAAGUCUUAAACCUACUCGUAAAGAUCUUCUAUGACUUGUCCUGCCAAGAUCUGCCACCAAUUUUCGAAGAGAACCUCGCCGAUGUCACGUCACUCCUACACAAGUACUUAACGUACGACAACCCACUUCUAGCGACUGAUGAUGAUGCCGAGUCUGGCCCUCUGGAGUUUGUAAAGGCCGGAAUAUGCGAAGCCAUGACCCUUUACAUGCAGAAGUAUGAGGACGCUUUCGGGGAGCUGUGCAAGCCAUUCAUUACCAGCGCAUGGAGUCUGUUAACGACAAUCGGACCGGAGACUAAAUUCGACAUACUUGUCAGUAAAGCAUUGCACUUCCUAACUGCUGUCGCAAGUAUCGGAGGCCAUGCCCAGAUAUUCAACAAUGAAGAAACUUUGGGACAGGUAGUUGAGAAGGUGAUCCUUCCAAAUAUCAGCCUACGAGAAUCAGAUAUCGAGCAGUUUGAAGAUGAGCCGAUCGAAUAUAUUCGAAGAGACCUCGAGGGGUCUGAUGCUGAUACUCGGCGCAGAGCAGCAACAGAUUUCCUGCGCAAGCUCCUAGAGAAGUUUGAGGGAUUAGUCACGGAGGUCGUAGGACGAUACACCAAGCAUUAUCUCGAAUUAUUCAAGAACAACCCUAGCGGAGAGUGGAAAGCUAAAGAUACUGCAAUAUACCUGUUCUCAGCUAUUGCUGCUAAGGGUGUAAUCACGACCAGCCAUGGAGUCAAGAUCACCAAUCCUCUAGUUAACGUGCUCGAGUUCUUCGAGAAUAAUAUUGCAGGGGAUCUUGUCGCUGAUACAGGCGUGGAGCCCAUUAUCAAAGUAGAUGCUAUCAAAUUUCUCUACACAUUCCGGCGUCAGUUGACCAAGGCGCAAUGGAGUGUCGCAUUCCCACCGCUGGUGAAGAACUUGGCCUCCUCGAAUUAUGUUGUUUACACCUAUGCGUCAAUCGUGGUGGAACGGGUCUUAUUCCUCACUGAUGACUCCGGGCAACACAUUUUUGGGGCAGCUGAUGUCGCCCCCUUUGCGGGAGAUCUCUUGGAACAUUUAUUCCAGCUAAUUGAGAAGGAUCCAGCUCCCGAGAAGCUCCAAGAAAACGAAUUCUUGAUGCGCUGCGUAAUGCGAGUGUUGAUCGUCAUCAAGCAGGGUGUAAUUCCCAUGACGGACAACAUCUUACAGCACUUGAUCAACAUCACUGAUAUCAUCGGUAAAAAUCCCAGCAAUCCACGAUUCUACUAUUACCAUUUCGAAGCCAUGGGCGCUCUUGUCAAGUACUCGGCGCCAUCACAACCAGAGAAACUAGAGAAUGACCUGUAUGCACCAUUCGCACGGGUUUUACAGAAUGAUGUUCAAGAAUUUAUGCCCUAUGUCUUCCAACUAUUCGCCGCACUCCUCGAAGCUCGUCCCGAUGGACCGUUAUCCGAGUAUUAUAAAGCUUUGGGUACCUCCAUUCUCGUACCAGCUCUAUGGGAGUCAAAGGGCAACGUUCCGGCGCUUGCACGGCUACUAACGUCCAUCAUACCAAGAAGUGCCGCGGAUAUCGUGGCUAACAAUCAACUUGAGCCCAUCUUAGGCAUUUUCCAGAAGCUGAUGUCGAAAAAGUCAACUGAGAUCUCUGGUUUUGAUGUCCUAGAAGCUGUGGUUACCUCCUGUCCUGUCUCUGCCAUUGAGCAAUAUUUCCCUACGAUUCUCACGAUAAUAUUUACUCGCCUCAAUAACAAUCCACCAGAAAAGUUCAAGCAGCGAUUCGUCCGCUUUUAUCACCUUGUCGCCUCCCGCGACCAGUCUGGUCUCGGAGCUGACUUCUUCAUAAAGAUGUGCGACUCUAUCCAAGAUGGGGUUUUCGUCCCCAUUUACCUAACAAUAAUACUGCCCGUAACUCAACAGUUUGCUCGCCCUCUUGAGCGAAAGCUUGCGGUUGUGAGUCUUACCAAGACUUUGACCGAUUCACAGGCAUUUGCGGUCAAAUAUGUCAAGGGUUGGGGAAAGACAUGUGAGGCCUUGCUGAAGCUCCUGGAGAAUCCGCCAAUGCCAGUUGCAGCAGAUGAUGUCGUUGUGGAGGUUGACGUUGAUGACUUGACCUUUGGUGUUGGUUUCACGCCUUUGAACACCUGCAAGAAGCAGCCAAGAGAAGACUGGCCCGAAGUGACAGAUGUGAAAACAUGGGUGGGAUCCUACCUCAAAACCGCUGAUGGGCGGCAUGGAGGCGCGAUUGCGGGAUAUGUGAAUGACCGGCUGACACCAGAGGCGAAGACCGUACUGGUAUCGUACAUGCGAUGA